AUGCAGGCAGCUCUGGCGUCCGACUACACCAUCGGUCAGUUCUAUCACCUGGAUCGACUUCUGUUCAUCCAUGGCACCUUGUCGUUGUUCCGAACGUCAAAAUGUAUUUUGUUCUCACUUUACAAGAAUGUACUCGAAACUUCUGUCAUAGCUCUCUUUACUCACGUGAAUGGACACAGUGUGCAGACCCAUGCAGAUGAAUGGACUGUGCUCUUCUACAAUAUCUUUCCGGCCCUUGUAAUAGGUAUUAUCGAUCGUCCAGCCCCAAUCGUCAGUCUCAUCAAGUACCCUCAACUUUAUCAAUAUUAUCAAAACUCACUGAGCAAUUGGAGUCAAUUUCGUUGGUUUUUCUGUGCAGCUGUGCAGGGGGUCGCAAUUUUCCUUUUAAUCAUCUACUAUUGGGAUGCUGGUGCUCCACUGCAUGCCGGAUACGGAGCUGACAGCACAUUGUGGGUAUUUGGCUUCUUCAUCUACUUCUCUCUGGUGCUCGUUGCAAAUCUCAAGGCUCUUCUCGAAACGAACUCCAUUACUAUGCUUUCAAUCGGUACAGCUGUGGCCUCGGUGGGCUUAUUGCUAUGCUGGGUGCUUUUCAGCACAUUUUUCGUCCACCACUUUUCUGUUUUCCCACGCUACCUUGGAGGACUUCUAUACAUGAUUCCGCUGACUGCUCUAAUUUUUGUCGUGCUGAUGGCUGUUAUCGCAACACUUCUGCCUGAUAUAGCCUUGAAAGUAUUCCGUCGUGCCUUGCGUGCAGACAUGCAGGAUGCUAUGCUCUGGCAAGAAGGUAUUCGCGGCUUCACCUUCGACAAACUUUAUCAGCCAAUUUUCAAAGUGUGCG